AUGGCCGCCUCCCCCUUCCCUGCGGGCGUCAUCUCCAGUGGAUUUCAUGUUGGUCUGUACUCCUAUUACCCACGCCAGCCGUCACCCACACCAGCCGUCACCCACGCCAGCCGUCACCCACGCCAGCCGUCACCCACGCCAGCCGUCACCCACGCCAGCCGUCACCCACGCCAGCCGUCACCCACGCCAGCCGUCACCCACGCCAGCCGUCACCCACGCCAGCCGUCACCCACGCCAGCCGUCACCCACGCCAGCCGUCACCCACGCCAGCCGUCACCCACGCCAGCCGUCACCCACGCCAGUCACCCACGCCAGCCGUCACCCACGCCAGCCGUCACCCACGCCAGCCGUCACCCACGCCAGCCGUCACCCACGCCAGCCGUCACCCACGCCAGCCGUCACCCACGCCAGCCGUCACCCACGCCAGCCGUCACCCACGCCAGCCGUCACCCACGCCAGCCGUCACCCACGCCAGCCGUCACCCACGCCAGCCGUCACCCACGCCAGCCGUCACCCACGCCAGCCGUCACCCACGCCAGCCGUCACCCACGCCAGCCGUCACCCACGCCAGCCGUCACCCACGCCAGCCGUCACCCACGCCAGUCGUCACCCACGCCAGCCGUCACCCACACCAGCCGUCACCCACACCAGUCGUCACCCACACCAGCCGUCACCCACACCAACCAUCACCCACACCGGGUUGUCAACGUGGUAUCUUUACAUUUUGAUGUUUCAUGGUGA